AUGGCAGUGGUGGAGGACUUGUUUCACAUGGGAGGAACUCAGCUGGGAACUGCAGCAGCUGGGGAAGUAGCAGAUGGCAUGAAGAGAAUACUGGUCUUUACCAAGAAAAACACCAACGGUGCUGCCCCAUUUGGAAAUGGACCUGCUGGACCUGGUCGGAAGCUUUUGCAGUCUUCUGAUGGAGAUAGAGAUGGAAAUGGAUCAGAUGGAGAUGGAGGUGGAGAUGGAUCUGGAAAUGGAGAUGGAGAUGGAUCAUCAGAUGGGGGUGACAUGAAUCGAGUUGGGACAGGAUGUUCAAAGGACGACAUAACAAUCUUCCAAGGGGAAACAGCUCCACUCCCAAAUGGAAUUCCGGCAUACACGGUUCAGAUUGUCAAUAUGUGCGUCUCAGGUUGCAGCAUCUCCGACAUUCACAUCAACUGUGGAUGGUUCAGCUCCGCCCGCCUCGUCAAUCCUAGAGUCUUCCGGCGCAUGGACUACAACGACUGCCUAGUCAAUGAUGGUCAGCCUCUUGGCCCUGGACAAACCCUCUCUUUCCAAUAUGCCAAUACCUUUCCUUACCCUCUUUCUGUUUCAUCUGUUGCUUGUUAA